CCCUCUGCUCACACCAUGGUGGACUGGACAGCCGAGGAGAAGCAGCUCAUCACCGGCCUCUGGGCCAAGGUCAACGUGGCCGAGUGCGGUGCCGAGGCCCUGGCCAGGCUGCUGAUCGUCUACCCCUGGACCCAGAGGUUCUUCUCUAACUUCGGGAACCUGUCCAGCCCCACGGCCAUCCUUGGUAACCCCAAGGUGCAGGCCCACGGCAAGAAGGUGCUCACCUCCUUCGGGGAGGCCAUCAAGAACCUGGACAGCAUCAAGAAAUGCUUUGCUCAGCUGAGCAAACUCCACUGCGACAAGCUGCACGUGGACCCCGAGAACUUCAGGCUCCUGGGUGACAUCCUCAUCAUCGUCCUGGCUGCCAACUACGGCAAGGACUUCUCCCCCGCCUGCCAGGCCGCCUGGCAGAAGGUGGUCCGUGUGGUGGCCCACGCGCUGGCCCACGAGUACCACUGA